AUGGCAGCAGCAAGUUCUAGAAGAUCAUCAUGCGGGCCAGUCAUCCGCUCCGCUUCACCCUCUGGAAGAUUCCACAACACUCGGUAUUCGUCCUCCUCAGCCUUCGCCUCCUCCACUUCCAGCUUCUCUUCCCGCUCCUCCACUUUCUUCCAGCGCCCCGCCUCUCCCACGCGCCUCAACCUCGCCAGGUCCUCACCCUCCGCCCAGUCCGUACGCUUCUCCCUCGACCGCCCCAUCUCCCCGAGCCGCUCCAUCUCCGUCACUCCACAUGGCAACGGCAACCACCACAACGCCGUGAAGAGCCGUCAGAUCAGCAACCAGAAGCGCACCUGUAUGUGUUCCCCUACGAAUCACCCCGGUUCGUUCCGUUGCAGCCUCCACAAGAACUUCAGCUCCCACGUGACCGCUUCGGCGCCCUACUCGCAGAACCGCCUCAACGCUCGGAGAUCGGCGAUGACGAACUCGCUCGUGAGAAUCGGAGGCGUCGAAGGCGAUCUGGUGCGGCGCGCUUUGUCCGCUCUGAUUCGCCCCUCUUCCCACAGCCAAAGGAGAAGAGCCGAUUUCCGGCCCAGGCCCAGCCGGCUCUCCACCAUGUCCAAGUCACACGAGUAA